AUGGUGCCUUGCUCCACCUGCUCUCCAGUGCUCAGCCAGAUCAAGCUUCCUCUCCUGUCCGCCUUCUCCUUGCAGCGCCGGGAGGUGGCCAAGAAGGUCUUCUGCCUGGUGGUGAUCUUCGCGCUCUGCUGGCUGCCUCUCCACCUCAGCCGCAUCCUCAAAAAGACCAUCUAUGACCAGACAGACCCCAACAGAUGUGAACUGCUCAGUUUCCUGCUGGUGAUGGAUCACUUUGGGAUCAAUAUGGCCUCCCUCAACUCCUGCAUCAACCCUGUGGCUCUCUACUUUGUCAGCCUGAAAUUCAAGAACUGCUUCCAGUCCUGCCUGUGCUGCUGGUGCCAGAGGCCAGCCCUGAGCAUCACACCCACAGACGACAAGGGCUCUGUUGGGAAGUGGAAAGCCAACGGGCAGGAGCUUGGGCUGGACAGGAGCAGCUCCCCCUUGAGCAACAAGUACAGCUCCUCCUAA